UAAAGGGGUGCACGGGCUCCACAAGCCCCCGACUCGACGGCGGACGGACGAGCAGAACACAGGAAGGAAACCUUACACAAAAGACGCUGCUGGACUUUGUUUUCGUCCUCUUACACACUUUUCAACGCGGAUUGUUCAGCACAACUUGGAGGAUUUAUUUGGGCUUCCCCCCCACCCCCCUCCCACCCAUCGGGAACUACCUUACUCGCACUCGCUGGGGGUUGUUGUUGUUGUUGUUGAUUUAAACACAUUCAUUUCAACUGUGUUCUCCGAGCCGGCCGUCAUGUGUCACCACUGACAUGCGCAGAGCCCAUGGAACCGCAGUGAGCACACAGGCGAGCGCAGGACGUCCGCGGCCGGAGCCCAGCGAGAGCCGCGGAGAGCAGCGGGGCUCCGGCGCCGAGGGGAGCGGAGGAGGAGCAGCCGGAGGGGGCGCGCCGCGCUCGCCUCCCCGCCGCCGGAGCAGCGUCGCCCCCCUCCUCUCCCCGGAGCGCCGCGGCGUCUUCGAGACCAGAACAGUCUUCCACUUCCCGUAUCGGCGCUCGUCCAGCGGAUACUUCUCCGGCACGGGCGACUCGCUGCCGGGCUCGCCUCUGCCGCCGCGCGCCGUCGCCUCCACGCAGACGCCCAGCCCCUCCGCCCAGGCGCUGCGGCACGCCUUGGCGCGCGUGGCCGAGGAGGCGCGUGACCGGGGAGCGCGCACGCCGCACGGAAGUUCUGCCAGGCCCUCUAGCGUCAGGCCCGGAGACGCAGCGGGGGCGAUGCAGGCCGUGGAGAUCGGACAGUCGCUUCGACACAUCGGCGACGAUUACAAUGACUACAUACUGAGGGGAGAAGAGCGCAGAGGGGCGGCCGUCCAUCAGAACCAGCUGCUGGUGCUGCACAUCCACCAGGAUCCCGCCUUCCUGAUCUGCAUGGGCGUCCUGUUCUUCGUGAUCGCAUGGUACUUCGGCGGAGACCCCGACGGCCAGCCGGACCACCCUCAGGGAAUUGUGCCGCUUAAAACAUUCUGACGGGGGAUACUUUCAGGAACUCUAAAAAUGUCCGGAUUUCCGCUUUUUUCUGAGCCUUUGCCAUGAAACCAAAGAGUUGGGAAUUUGCACUCCCAUCCGGAACGCAAACAAGGCCCCCUCCCCGGAAGAUGAUGGCUGUGGAAAUCCAAGCGUGCCUUGUACAUUCUCCUGUUAAUUCCUUUUCGUUUACUUGCGCGAGAUGUUUUCAUCGUUGUUGUUGUUGUUAUACAGAAAGGUAAGCGAGUCAACUCUGCAAACCCGGGGGUUGUUAAAUGACGUGCGGGUCCAUGAAUUCCCAAGCCGCGGUUUCUCCGACAUUUCUCCCUGGCUGAUGUCCGUUUUUCCCACGUUCGAAAUGAUCCACAUGAUAAUCUUUGUUUCUGCCAACAAAAAUACACUAUCGGUAUUUUUUACUUGUAGGAACAGCCUUUUACGUUGUUUGUUUGUUGUUGUUUUUUAAAGCUGCCUACCCCCUUGGACCCGACAUGCCAAGUGUGUUGGCACACCCCACCACCUUCUCCCGGAACCCCCUCCAGAAUGUCUGAGAAUCUUUUACUGGAGCUUUGCUCAAACUUUUUAAAUCACGUGCCCCUAGUGAAGCGCUUCUCCAACACCCUCAAAACUAUUUCGGAAAAGCUUUUAGCGCAGCAUUUUCCAAACUUUUCAAGCCACGCCCAACUCAGUCCUCCUUUUAACACCCUCUAACAAAGCUGUAAAGCAAUUACCGCAGCCUUUCCCAAACUUUUUAAGCUGCACACCAACUUUUUAUUGGCGCCCACUUUUUGAAAUCUUCAACAUGCCAAUAACGUUGCCGCACCCCCUGGACACACUCAAGAAAAAGAAAAAAACGGAAAAGCUUAUAAAGCUUAGUUUGUUUGGGAAUCGCUGUUCUAAGAUGAACAAACGAGUUCUUCCUUGGUGUGUAAUUAUGAACUUACCAAUAAAGAUCUUAGCUCCUAUGCAAAACAUCCUCUCUAUGAGACGCCAGUGUUUCUGUAACCACUAGAACUGAAUCAACCGACUACUUUUUGUAGCCGUUUGGGUCCUAGAGUGCUUUAUAUGGACACCACUUUCCUUCUCCGUUCUCGGUUGCAGCCUGUGGACGUACAGUAUCGUCAUAUCCGUUUAUUAUCGCCGCGAUUCACAGGUCUGCGCUUGCCCGCCGGCCGUUUAGGCACUCCCAGAAACAUACAGAGAGAUUUCUGAGCAGCAAAUGAAUGGGUAGCUAACACGCCUGCUAGCACGCUGCACAUACUGUACAUUGAUUGGUAACUAAAGAGUCUUAGUGAGAGUCCUUCCCAAAUGCUUUAAACACACUUAAACCUAUUGAAGAAAUACUUUUUUAAAGUAUGACUUCACACCUGUUCUCACUCUCAAGAAAUGGGAGAAAUCAUCGUAUAAGAUCAAUUUAGGAAAACGAAAAGAAGACUCGCUCGCAAAGUUGUCCAAAUAAGUGUCAAAGUGUGUUUGUCCCUCCCAGUUGAAGUUUACUGUAUAAGUGACACAUGAAGCAAAAGAGAAUUAAACAUCCAACGAGAAGGCCACUAGCUUAAAGCUAACAUGUAAUGGCAAACGCCAUAGACGGGUUAACGGAAAUGAGUAUAGAUAUCACGGUAAUUGUAAACCUUCAAACAUUUGUUACUUUAACACACAUGGAGCAGCGACACAUACAAGCAGAGCGUAGAGCAAUACUCACUUCAAUUGAAUCCAAUCUAAAAAUACUCAAUUCAUUCCAACUUGGCGUCAUGCAACACAUACCUGCCAUUUUCUAUUCCGUACAUGCCGAACGAAGCCGGAGUUUUGAUUGGAGAAUGUAAAUCCCAAUUUUUGGGGUAAAAACUUUACUCAAAUCAUUUAACUACCAACAAUGAUAUGAUAAUUAAUAAUAACAAUCCUUAGCGAUGGUUUCAUAACGGUUGCUUCCCCACCCACGUGGGUUUUUAAAACUCAGCUGAGCGUGUUUGUGCCGCGUCCGUGGGGGAUGUUUGUACAGUUGUGUCAACACGCACUGCAUCACAGUCCCUGAACUCGCUGGCGUUCUUUCACGAUGUUGGGACCCAUCCAACGUCUGAUUGGACGGGGCCGGCUAUAAAUGUUCAUGGGAACGAAAGAGAACCAGGUGAUUCAUUUCAUGUAGCCUGCAGGUAUAUAAGGCAUGAACUCAACUUGUAAAAGACUUCCUUACAUUCACAAUACUUUGUUUCCCGCUGGUGCACAAAAUUUGUGGAUUUUAAAUCCUCUGCCAGGGCAACCCUAAUUCGAAUCAGCGUCAAAUUGUGCACUUUUGUCGCGCAACACACUGAAAUUGGGGAAUUAUCAAUAAUGGGGAAAUGAACAAUCAGUCGAUUGAAUUUUUAUGGGUGACAAUCUUCUGAACACCCGUUUUCACGCCAGAUGUAAUUUAACUUCUCUUAGCCGACGUUUUGCUAGUCGCGAGUGGACCAAGAGCCAGGUCGUGCACUGCCAUCAUAUUAACAAUGAUUCCACACAAUCAACAGAAUACUUAACGGACAAUAAAGCUUGUUGUUCUGCCUUACCCCCUCAGUCCAGAGUCAUGCAUUAGUCAGUGAGAAAUGUUAACAGACCGACUUUUUAUAGGGAUCCGUGCAAAAAUAUCUUUUUUUUUUUUUUUGCAUAACCCUUUCUCCAUACUAGCAAACAAUUGACAAGCUUCUUAAUGAUCGAUUAAGCGAUUGUUAUGCCCCUACCCGAGCCACACUCUCCGUCCAGAAUUAUGCGUUUUUUUCCAUGAGAAAUGGUAUUACGUAUUUAACAGAAUUCAUAUGGAAAGAUAUUUUUUUUAGUGCAACCCUUCCAAGUUACUAGCAAAUAAUGGAGAACUUUUUUAACCAUCAAUUGAGAGAUUGUUAUGCCACUUCCUGAGCCAUACCUCCGAGGUCCGUAGUUAUGCCUUAUGCAACUGAUGUACUUUUAAUCGGAAUUUGUACUAAAUAAAGGUUUGCGCAACCCUUUCAGGUUCAUAGCAAACAAUUAACAGAAUUCUUAAUCAAUUAAGAGAUUGUUAUGCCCUUUGCUAAGGCCACACCUUCUCAGUCCAUAGUCAUGCAUUAUUCCGUGAGCAAUGUUUUUGGUGUACUUUCUAUUGGAACUUGUACAAAAUACAGUUUUAUGCAACCCUUCCAAGUUACUAGCAAACAAUUGGCAUAAAUCAUAAUGAUCAAUUAACCGAUUGUUAUGCCCCCCCCCCCCGAGCUACAUCUUCUCAGUCUGUAGUAAUACAUUCUUCUGUGAGAAAUGUUAGUGAUAUACUUUUAAUUGGAAUUCAUACGAGUAGAGUUUUUCUCAACAUUUCCAAGCUCCGAGCAAACAAUCGACAGGAUCCAUAACAAUGAAUUGUGAUUGUUAUGUUCUCCCUAAGCCACAUGUCCUCAGUCCAGUGUCAUGCAAUAGUCAGUGAGAAAUGUUGACAGACUUACUUUAGCGGGAUUCAUACACCUUUCAAAUUACUAGCAAACAAUUCACAGAAUUCUUAACGACCAAUUAAGUGAUUGUUAUGCGCCUCCCUGAACCACACCUCGUCAGUCGAGUCAUGUGUUUGACGAAAUGUUACACUGAUUUAUUUUGUUGGUUUUCAUGCAAAACAAAGUCUGCAUUUUAGUACGCAACCCACCAGGCUGACCAACAAACACAUUCACUUGACUCUUUACCGACUGCGACUGCACGGGGUGCCCUGUGAAAACUUACAACCUCACGUCCAACUAACUAACUAACUAAGCCCAAGACUACGGCUGGGAGCAAAAAAGCACAGCGACGGAUGAGCCGUAUUGUGUGACAUUCAGGGUUUUGCACAUUCGCAAGACAACACUGCUGGAGUCGUUAUGUGUUUUGUUUUGCGUUCAGAGUGAAUGACUGUAUCAGGGGAUUUGAAACAUUUCUUCAAAUGGGACUGCAUAUGAAGAGGGGGAAUUUUGUGAGCAAGUGACUCUGAAUGACCCAGUGCGACUGUAGCAGCAGCACCUGUCUUAUUAUUAUUAUUAUGCCUGUUGAUACUGUUAUGACACACUGAAGUUGUUGUAAUUUUACUGUUUGUCUCUUUCAACUUGUAAAUAAAACUUUUUUUCCAUCUUUCUA